AUGGAGGUGAAGUUUCUGCUUGGGAUCACUUGCCUCUGCUCCCCAUUGACUGCUAUGGUUCUUGACUUCAACACCAUCAGGGGCUCAGCUGAAGUAUCCAGCUCCAAAAAGGUGAGCACUUUGGUGGGGGCUGUUUUUCAAGUAACAUUUGCCAGUUAAGAGCUCCAAGAUAAUAAGUAACAGGUUACUCAUGAUCUCUGGACCCAAAAACUCUGCAGGCUAUAUAAAAUGCUACAGACAGCUGCAAAAUCUGCUUAUCCAGCAAUUGGAAGAAAUAAUAAUACUAAUACUAAUAAUAAAUAAUAUACUCUGCCUAUCUGGCUGGGCUGCCCAGCCACUCUGGGAGACUUCCAACACACUGUUCUGUAAUCCUCUGACAAUAGAAGACUGGUUUUGGGCUGGGGGGGAGGGAAGGUCCUCUAUAGAAAUUAUUAAAAUGAUAUAAUUUAGAAGUGCAUUGAAUGAGCAAUCAAGCAUGCUUUUUUGGAAUGAUUGUUGCUAUUUGUUAUGUUCUGAAAUGAUUAAUUCGAUUUGUUAUCUUUCUAUGCUGCUUUUCAGUCAAAGCGGCUUACAAACAAUAAAUAACAAUAACAAGUUAGAACAUCGCAAAUACAGCAUAAAUCAUAUACCUUAUUUUUUACUCUAUAAGACUCACUUUUUCUCUCCUAAAAAGUAAGGGGAAAUGUGUGUGCAUCUUAUGGAGCGAAUGCAGGCUGCGCAGCUAUCACAGAACCCAGAACAGCAAGAGGGAUUGCUGCUUUCACUGUGCAGUGAUCUCUCUUGCUGUUCUGGCUUCUGAGAUUCAGAAUAUUUUUUUUCUUGUUUCCCUCCUCCAAAAACUAGGUGCGUCUUGUGGUCUGGUGCAUCUUAUAGAGCGAAAAAUACGGUAAUUAACAAAUGAUCACUGAAACAAUUACAAUUUCUAACACAGUUAACAAAGCAGCAACUACAAAAUAAGCUCAACAACUAAAAAGCAAACCAAACAUCACAAUUAAAAGUAAUAUAAUAAACAAAAAUCAAGACACCACACAUCCCUAUAAUCCCUGCAAACUUGUAAAUAUACUUUUUUUACUAAGUUAGUAAGCUAAACAAUUGUGCAGUUGAACAUCAAUUCCACUAGUUAAUAUUUUUCAAUUAAAAAAAAAAAGUAAAAAAAUAUAUGGAUGAGGUUAAGUUUGGCAGGAAAUACAAUUGCAGCCAGAACUUCCAUAUGCUGAUCUGGAAGUUUAGUGGAGCAUAUUUCUGACUCGGAAGAAUCUAGACUGGGCUGGUACUGAGGGUGUUAGAAACUGAUGUGGAUUUAUUGAAUGCAGUGGUAGACUGAGAGCAGCCCCAAACUCUGGUGGCUCUGACAAAUUGCCUGUUAUGAUGCAACUGCUGUCUCCUGCCCGUUCCUUUGGUAGAAGGGACCUUUCAGCGGCAUAACUUGGGCUCCUGCUGGCUGUUAGAUGAGUGCAGGUGUGAGGAACCUCUUACCCAGACUGUCCUCAACUGUGACUCCCAUCAGCCCAAGCAAGCACAGGUAGCGCUCAGGGAUGAUGGAUUCAGCAACAUUUGGAGGGUCAAAGGUUCAUACCUGAAUUAGUGCUUGCUAACACAAAAAAGUGCCUGGGCAUAGGGUGGGGAAGCAGCUUGUGGCUGAUCAAGUUCCCCACCCUGGAAAAUCUGAUAAAAUUAGUGGCAUCAGCUUUCCAACAGGUAAUGUACUUUCAUUCUCCACAUCUUGUCUGGGCUGAAAACUAUUCUAGUGGUACUUGAGCAGCUGAAACUUAACUUCCCUUUCAAAGAGCUGGAAGCCCCUCCAUCGCUUUUAAACUACAGCCCUGAGGCAGAACUCCUUGUGCCUAACGCUCCCCGUGUAGGGUUGCCCAGCCUUUCCUUGAACAGGAUUCCAUCACCUCUCCAUGCUGCUAGAACUGUUUCCCUUCAAUCCAGCUUGCAGUUUAAACUCAUGACAUCUUGCUCUAGAUCCUCUUCGGAUGUAAGGAUCUAAGGAGCAAUGAGCAUUGCAGUUCUUUCCAAAGGCAAGCCUUCCGCUGUGCACACAGAAAGAAGCACCUGAGGUGGAAAUGAGGGCCAGCACAACACAUUAUGCUGCCUGUGAUGGACACCAGAAUAGCCUGGCUGGAUCAAGCCAAAGGCUCAUGUAGUCCAACAUCCUGCUUUCACUGUGACCAACCAAAUGCCCUGAAAGCAGGACCCGAGAGCAUCAGCACUUGCCAGUGUGGUGUAGUGGUUAAGAGCAGUGGACUCGUAAUCUGGUGAACCGGGUUCGAGUCUCCGCUCCUCUACAUGCGGCUGCUGGGUGACCUUGGGCCAGUCAUACUUCUUUGAAGUCUCUCAGCCCCACUCACCUCACAGAGUGUUUGUUGUGGGGAAGGAAGUGAAAGGAGAAUGUUAGCUGCUUUGAGACUCCUUCGGGUAGUGAUAAAGCGGGAUAUCAAAUCCAAACUCCUCCUCCUCCUCUUCUUCUUCUUCUUCUUCUUCUUCUUCUUCUUCUUCUUCUUCUUCUUCUUGCCCCACGUGAUGCUCAGCAACUGUUACUCAGAGGCAUUUGCUGCCUCCAGCAGGGGGGUGACCAGGUGGCACCCCUCCCCAAUUCCACACGCGGAAGCAGACUGGACAUGCAGUUGCAGACUGGGGUGGGGUGUAGGAGAAAACAAGCUAUGUAGCAGACCUCUCUCUUUCCACCAACAGAGGAGGCCUAGCCAGCAGUUUUCGAAGGAACUGCCUGGCCCCAGCAUUUGCUGCCCGAGGUGGUUCUCAUUUGCAGGCCUGGUUGAGACUGUAUUGUAGCUCCAUUUCUCUCUCUCUCUCUCUCUCUCUCUCUCUCUCUCUCUCUCUCUGGACCCUAACAUGACUGUGUCCUUUUCUCCACAGAGUGCCCAAUGCUUCACAGACAAAGACUGCCCAGCUGGGAAGUUCUGCAACAAGGCCUGGGAAGAGCUGCCCUUCUGCGCUGCUUGCCAUGGGCUACGGAGGAGGUGCCAACGCAACACCAUGUGCUGCCCAGGGAUGCUAUGCAUUAAUGGUAAGCAGUGGCUGCAACAGCAAGGCUAGGGGAGGAGUAUGUUAGAUGUUCCUUGCCUGCAUUGUUUCCUAGCUAAAAACCACAUUUAGAUAUGCUUUUAUUUAAUCCAUAAUUGCACUUGUUUUGCUAAAUUGUUGGGCUCCUUUGGGAGGAAGGGACAGAAAUCUGAAUAAUGCUACUAUUGAUUGCAUUUAUUUACUUUCUCCAAGGAGCUCAAGGUGGUGUCCAUGGUUCUACCUCUAGUCAUUUAAUCCCCACAACAACAGUGUGAGGCAGGGUAGGCUAAGGGGCAGUGAAUAAUAGCCCAAGGUCUUCCAGGUCCUAGUGUAACCACUGCACUACACUGGCUUUAUUUUUGAAUGGGACCUGAAAAACAUGGGAGAAAUAUCUGCAGAGCAACCUGUAAUGUAAGAAGUCCGUCUACUAAUUACUGCUAAAGUCUGGUGGUGGAGGGAGUGUACAUGACGGCCUGUGGUGGUUCAAGCAGGAGAACCACUUGCGGGGAGAGGGGCAAUGAGUGAGGCAAAUGUCUAAGGUUAGAAUUCCCCAUCAAGAGCGGAGAUGCUCCACACGACCACAUUAUAUAGCGGUAAUGUGGUUCUCCAGAGGUUGUUGCACUCCAGGGCCAUCAGUCCCAACCAAGCAUGAGUAAUGGUUGGGAAUGAUGGACAUUGUCUCCCAACAGGGUUUGAAGGGCCACAGCCAAGCUUAGCUGCACCAGUGAUAAAGAAUUGGUAAGCUGUGCUUGAUAUGGUUGGGAAAUGGGUACAGUGUCCUAAUAAAGAGGGGGAAACCUACAAUUCCAACUUAAGCUAGUCCAGGAGUUGCCAAACUUUUUGGACCAAUGGGCACAUUUUGGAUUUUAAGAGAUCUGGGGUGCCAGUUACAAAAUGGCUGUUGAGGGUGCAUGACUUAACACAAAAUCAGAUGGACAACUUGACAUCUUGUGGUUGGCAUAAGGUUCUUAGAGGUGGCUCUGUCCUGCUCGUCCUGAUUGUGGAAACCAAAAAAUACUGUGGUUUUUUAAUGUGUACCCACAGCUGAUUAGAUCCUGUUGCUGCCUAAUGGCAAGAGGGAGCGUUCCUCAGUACCAGGAAAAAUAUACCACACUCAUGCUUACUUCACAGAAAUUACUCAGAAGGUGCCACACAUUUUGCUUCACCACACAUCAUGGUUGGGCUGGCACCCAUUGGUUAACACAAAUUCCAUUUAUACAUCACUCAUAAACAUAUCACACACACAUUGACAUGAGCAGAUGUGCAGGCAACCACACAGAACAGAAGGCACUGGAAUCCAUUUGCAUUUCUGGCCCCAUCUGUCUCAGAUGACUCAAGAUUGCAGGCCCAGUUUCUAGCAGAACUUGGUGCCCUCCAGAUUUUUUGGACCACAACUCCCAUCAGCCCCAGCUAGCAUGACCAUAUAUGAUGUUGUGCUUGAUGGGGCUGCGCUGGCCAGGGUUGAUGGGAAUUGUAGUCCAAAACCCCUGCAGAGCACCAGAUUUAGUCCCAGAACCAGGAAUGGCUUUUGUCUAAGACCUUUUGUCCGAGAGCCAAUGUGGUAUAGCAGAGUGUCAGACUAGGACCUGGGAGAGACCAGGAUUCAAAUCCCCACUUGGGCAUGAAGCUCACUGGUUGAUGUUGGGCCAGUCACUCACUCUCAGUCUAAGCCACCUGACAGGUGGGGGGAUGAAAUGAGGAGGGGGAGAAUCAUGUAAGCCACCUUGAGCUCCAUAGAUGAAAAGGUGGGGUAUAAAUGGCAGGGGAGACCUUAAAAGAGCAGCUGCCAGUUGCAGGUAGAAUAAUGCCAGGCUAGAUGGACCAGGGUUCUGACAUGGUAUGACAGCUUAAAAAAUAUAUCACUAUUCUCUUUCCACUCAGAAGUGUGCAGUCAGACUGAAAAGACGACUCUCGUUGAAGAAAAGAAGUGUGAGAAACAGGCUGGGUUGAGUUCAAAAGCUGCAGUCCAGUGCCUGGUUCCAGCAAGCAACGUCUUGAAGAAAGGAAAUACUCAAACACCAAGCAACAAAGGUAAGAGAAGAAGAAGUGGCAACAGCUGUGCAGCUAGGAAUAGGGAUGGGUCGGCCUUGGGUACAGUGCUUGCCUCCUCCUGCCUGCAGGCAAAGGAAAUCAGGUGACACUUCAGAUGUGUGUAUGGGAUGCUAGAUAUGGUUUACCCUCUUAAAGUUUGUUUGAUAAUCCUAAUUACUGGCCUUCCCUAGCAUCUCUAUUUAACUAUAUACCAGGCAUGUCAAACUCCCAAGAGACUGCGAUCUACUCAAAGUAUAAAAAGACUGGCUGUGAUCUACCCAUUGUCAUUGCCAGUAGUUGUUGUUGAGCUUUUUUUUUGGGGGGGGGGGAGGCAAAGUUGUUGAGUUUUUUUAGGAUGUGCAAGGUUGGUUUUAGGAGGAGUGCAUUAAAUCAAUCGCUCAACGGUCAGCUCACCUCCUGACUUACCAAACUCUGCUACCAACGCACGAAAAUAAACCUAUCAAAGCAGCACCGCUGGCAGCAGCGAGGGAACAUAGCGCCGGGGGCAGGGCGUGUCCCGAUCACAGCAACAGGGAGAUCACAUACUAAACUACUGUGACCGACCUGGGACACCCCCGCGGUCGACAGGUAGAUCGCGAUCGACCUGUUGGACAUGUCGGCUAUAUACAAUCUGAAAGAUGAGCCUAUUUAUUGCAGUCAGCGAAGACGUUGGGUCAGAAUUUUUGCAUUCUCCAUAGCUGACCUGGGCAGCAAAAUGUCUGUAUAGUAAAAAUGGGAGGCAGUCAGUGGGCCUGUCAAGUCUUGUUUAUCACAGUUUCAUCCUGCCCCCCCGCCAGGAGCUCAGGAUGCUUUUAUGCCCACAAAACCUGGUGAGGUAGGUUAAGGGAGGAGAUUGGCAUAGGGUCACCCAAUGAGUGGAGACUUGACGCCAGGCCUCCCCAGUCUUAUAUCCAAUGCAGGGAGCCUUGUACCACACUGGCUUGCAAUGCAAGCUACUGAGCACUAGCAGAGAAUCAUGUAACUUGUAGAGUUAGAAGGGAUCUCUGGGGGUCAACUAUUCCAAUCCCCAGCAACGCAGGAAUGCUCGAGCCAGAACUAGCCGUGGGCCAAAGAGCAAAAUGAAGACUAUUCUUAUUACAAUUUAUUACCUGCCUUUCUCUCUAAGAACCCAGGGCAGGUUACAACAAUUAAAAUACAAUAUUAAGAACAGCUUAAAGAACUUGCGAUCACAGAAACAAGAUGGUUCCUAAAAAUAUACAGGUUGUGGGAAAAGUAAGUAAGUGCUUAAGACACAUUUUCUGAAAGCUGUCUAGUGAAGGUGCCUGAUACAGCUCUGUGGGGAAUCCCACAACUUGGGGCUGCCACAGAGGAGGCCCUCUCAGGACCAUGACACAAACUUCAGAGGCCAGUGGAACAACCCAGAGGACCCUCUGUGCUUAUCUUGGCACCCGAGACGGUCUGUGGGGAAGGAGGCUGGAGGGUUAAGGGAAAUAGAACAUGAGAGCAUAGCUUAGCAGGGCCAGCAGAAUCAGAAGUUCCUUUAGUCUCUCACCCUUGCCAGUUUUCUCCUCUGGGCAGAGGGAGAAGGGCAGGUAAGCAAGGUAGAGGCAGUACCUGCUGCUGCUGCUGCUCCUUGCUCCUAUUUGCCCACCCAUCCACCUAGGGAAGAUCUCGCCACUCCCAGGGCCUUGGAAACUGCCCUCCCUUGCUGACCCCUGCCUGGCAAGGGUCCUCUUGGGCUAUGCACGCUCUCAGCUGGAUUUCAAUUGUGCACCAUUUCCCUGCAGUUGAAGAGGGCGAGAGUUGCCUCCGCACCUCCGACUGUGCUGUGGGGCUCUGCUGCGCUCGCCACUUCUGGGCCAAGAUCUGCAAGCCUGUUCUCAAGGAGGGCCAGGUGUGCUCCAGACGAGGACAGAAGGAUGGCUCUCAGGGACCCGAAAUCUUCCAGCGGUGUGACUGUGGCCCAGGACUGUCUUGCCAACUGCCACUCAGUGGAGAGUCCCAGCGAUCCCGCUUACGAGUCUGCUGGAGAAACUGA